AUGGAGCAAAAACAAGAAGGCAAGGCGGAUUCAUUGAGCUUAUUAGAUAUGCCCGAGGUUCGGGACCUUUCAGAGGCUCUCCCUGAGAUGCCCAUGGACCCCAUCACUGGUGUUGGAGUUGUAGCCUCUAGAAAUAGAGCUCCCACAGGAUAUGAUGUGGUCUCUACCACUACAGACGGCCUUGAUGCUGAUUUGUGGAAAGACGGCCUUUUUAAAUCCAAGGUGACUCGUUACCUCUGCUUCACAAGGGUCUUUUCUAAGGAAAAUAGCCACCUCGGAAAUGUUCUUGUGGACAUGAAGCUUAUUGACAUAAAAGACACUCUCCCUGUGGGCUUCAUUCCUAUACAAGAAACAGUUGAUACACAGGAGCAGGCCUUCAGGAAAAGAAGACUUUGUAUUAAGUUUAUUCCCAGAGACUCCACUGAAGCGGCUAUUUGCGAUAUCCGCAUUCUAGGGCGCUCCAAACAAGCACCUCCUCAGUACACCUUCAUUGGAGAGCUCAAUAACAUGGGAAUCUGGUAUCGCAUGGGUAACGUUCCCCGUGCACAAGACUCCGUGCAGACUCCAACUACCAACAACGUCCAGAAUUUUAACUCCAGCUCUAACGCAGCCCCUGUCCCCACUGCCCCUAUGCUCAAACAUAUUUCCAUGACACUUCCUGCCAGUUUCAGAGGAAAAAACACAACAAGGCCGGAUUAUGAGCACCAGAACUCCAAUCUGUACGCCAUCUCUGCAAUGGAUGGCGUUCCUUUCAUGAUCUCAGAAAAGUUUGCCUGUGCCUCCUCUGACUUGCAGCAGGUAGAUCUAAUGGGCAUCACUAUUAAGUCUCUGGCUGAGAUUGAAAAAGAAUAUGACUACAGUUUCCGCACAGAGCACAGUGCAGCGGCCCGCCUUCCUCCCAGUCCUACACGGACGUCGCUCAGCUCUGAAGCCUGA